AUGAGGCGCCUGACUCUGCCUGACCAGCCUAACUUUCAUGUGGCCGCUGAAAUCUGUAAUGCCAGCCCGGCCAUCAUCACCGUCUUUGCGCUGGAUGAUUUUCGCGUGGUUCAUCAAAACGGGAGCUCCCAGCGAUAUAUGGGGUUACGGAUGAUACAUGGCGACGCCAGUUGCGGCGGAAGAGGCCGAGGCGGCGGCAGAAGGGACGGGGAGACAGCAGCGGCGGCUGAAGGGAUAGCGGCAGCAGCAGCAGCGACAGCGGAAGAGGAGUUGGUGGUUGUGGACGAGGAAGGCAGUGGCAGCGGUGGGGAUCAAAGAAGCGAGUUGGAGCUCAUUUUUUGCCUGGACCCGAUUAAGCUGGAGCGGCUGCUGAUGGACAUUCGCGAGGGCUGUGUGGGCCGCGUUUGGAAGGGCGUCGUACGGGUGCCUCCCAGCCUCAUAAGGCCCCUCGCCGUACAGGAGCGCGCCCGUGAGCCGUACCGUCCGGAUACCGUUUUAGGCCGUAGUGGACCAUGUAAUGAGGACCUGAUGUUUCUGGGAAGUUGUACGGCUGUGGACGAGACGGGCAGCUUCGUGGCCGCGGCAGGGGCGGGGCCGGGCCCGGGCGGGACGGGCGGCGAGGCUGUGAAAGCGGCUACUGCUGCUGCCGCUGCUGCUAACGGAGGCAGAGGCAUGCCGGCCUUUGGCAGCUCCGACCAAUCGCAACCGUCUCAACCGCCGCCCCAGCAGGAGCAGAAGCAGCAGAAAGGCAUCCUGUCCAAACGGGCGUCUUCCUUCGGAGGGGGACUGGCCGGCGUCAGUCUCAUCCCCGUUCGCCGCCUGCUUCAUAUACACAGGGGGGCGGUCACCAGCCGCAAGGCCUUCAGCCAUGCACAGAUCCACCCGCAUAAUAGCCACAGCCCCCGGCAUAGCCAUAGCCAAGCACAUAGCUGCAGCUGUGGCCCAGCCCCGGAGUCACCUGGGUCAUUGUCGCCUGCGGUGACGGCAGCCACCGCCGCCGCCGCCGCCGCCGCCGGAGGAGGAGCGCCCCUGGAAUCGCUUCCCGUACAGCGUUCCUCAGCGCUAUUGCAGCUGCUACAGCAGGGGGGGCAGCAGCAUGGACAAGUGCGCGGCUCGCGGCUGACGUCGUCACCGUCGGGACGGCGACUGAGCCAGCCGCCGCCGCCGCCGCCGCAGCAGCAGCAGCAGCAGCAGCUAGUGUCGAUGGAGGAAGGUGGUCCAGUGGUGGCGCCGCUGCAAUCGCAGCGUUCGCGCGGUAGGAGCCUAGGCUCCCGUACACCCGCAGUCGCGGCGAGCCGAAGCCGCCUGAGCUUGCUAGGAAUCAACGAUUGCGAGCCGACACCCGUCGCUGUCAAUGCCGUACGGCCUCGCGCACAGUCGGUGCUUCUGGGUACGGCCUCCGGCGGCGCUGGUGGCGGCGGCGCCGCCGCCUGCACAGCUGUCCCCAUCUCUAAUAUGAGCAUGGAUUCAGGAGUAAUACGCGCGAUGGGUUUGUUCGAGUCCACCUUCUCCUCGGGAAGCGGAGCGGAACCAGUGACCCAUGCCGAUCCCCUGCACCCUACAACCUCGGAGUGGCACUAGGGAAGAAAAAGGGUUCUUCCCUGCACGACGUGACCGCCUCCAUUCCCCGUCCUCCUCCUCUCCCUCUCCCGUCUCGGGGUUCCCUCUCACCUAUUCCCUUGUCCUCCAACCCCCAUCCCCUUCGAACUCCUAUACCCCCCCGAGCCCUGCCCUAUAAACUAAGCUCAAAGCGCUCUUAGGCAAUAAUU